AUGAUGUCCCAAGCUGAGUUCACCACCACUUGGACUACAACCAACAGUGACGGUUCUAUUGAAACUGAGUCUGGCAUUGUCAGCCAAUCUGGGUCAUCAUUCACCACCUUGACUACUUUCCCACCUGAAUAUGAUGUCCAAGCUGAGUUCACCACCACUUGGACUACAACCAACAGUGACGGUUCUGUUGUCACUGAGUCUGGUAUUGUGAGUCAAUCUGGAUCAUCAUUCACCACCUUGACUACUUUCCCACCUGAAUCUGAUGUCCAAUCUGAGUUCACCACCACUUGGACUACGACCAACAGUGACGGUUCUGUUGUCACUGAGUCUGGCAUUGUCAGCCAAUCUGGGUCAUCCGUUGCUACUAUUACCACAUUCCCACAAUUGGUUGCUGCUGAAUUCACCACUACUUGGACCACUACCAACAGUGACGGUUCUGUUGUCACUGAGUCUGGUAUUGUGAGUCAAUCUGGAUCAUCAUUCACCACCUUGACUACUUUCCCACCUGAAUCUGAUGUCCAAGCUGAGUUCACCACUACUUGGACCACCACCAACAGUGACGGCUCUGUUGCCACUGAGUCAGGCAUUGUGAGUCAAUCUGGGUCCUCCGUUGCUACUAUUACCACAUUCCCACAAUUGGUUGCUGCUGAAUUCACCACCACUUGGACUACGACCAACAGUGACGGUUCUGUUGUCACUGAGUCAGGCAUUGUGAGUCAAUCUGGGUCAUCCGUUGCCACUGUUAGCACCUUCUCACCUGAAGCUGAAAAUUCUUACCCUAAUAUUUGUAAGAGAGGUGGUGAUGAAUGUUUGUCUGGGAGUAGCUUGUCGACAUUGAGACCGUAUUUUAGUAACACCACUACCCCAGUUCCAUCCACUUCCACUUACGCUUCAUCUGAGAAGCAUGUUUCUGGUACUGAGGUUCCAGAUUUUAUUGCUGAUGUUGAAAGUAUUGAUGUCCCAAAGUAUCUGGAAGACGAAUUUGUUACUUCUAGUGGUACAGGGGUGAAUACAAUGUUCACAAGUCAAAAUGGAGAGGUUGCUACAGUUACCAGUGACUCAACUGUUGGAGGUUCUGACAACAAUAUCGCCACUUCUACUUUUGUGAAUGACGGUGGUGAGUAUCCUGUGACUUCUAUUGUUACGGAAUGUAUCAAGAGUAUCUGUUUCGAAAGUACUACUACUGUCCUUGCAUCUGGUUUAGCUGAUAGUUCGGAAGAAGCCAAAGGUUCAGAAGCAAGUAAUGGUGAACAGCCAUCCAGUACCAUUUCUGGCGGUAAUGCUGCGGAAAUUUCGUCAAUUCAAAGCAGUGAUGUUGAUAUCACUACUACUUCUAUUAAUUCUGGGUUUACAGGUCUUACAGACACUGGUUCCAACUCCGAAACUAGUGGCCAUGGAGAUUCCAACGAUGGUGAUGCUCAAUACAAUGGUUCUGGUAAUAGUGCUGAGAAUGGUGCCGAUAAUGGUGAUUCUCCAUCCGGUGGUUCCAAUAAUGGUUCUGCUGAAGGUGGAUCGAUUGUUUUGUCGGGUUUACCGAAUAUUUCUGGCUCCACAAUGACAAGUUCCUUUACUGUGCCUGCUACUUCCCGAGUUAUAUCCAGUUACACCAACCAAGCUUCAUCCACGUUUUCUCCAGCAAUUGUAUUACCAGCUGAGAAUGGCGGUAUAAGGUACUCUACUGGAGGUUCAUUAGUCUUUGGGUUGUUAUUAUCUGCUAUUAUCUCAUUUUUCUGA